CACUGAACUGGACCAGUAUUGACCGGUCAUCUCCGCGAAUGGAAUUUGUAGUGCCUGCCAUGGAUGACUUAUGUAUUGCUCAAGAAGGUGGCAGAAGGGGAAGAUUGGGGCAGAGAACGGUCGAUUAUGAUGAUACCAAAGAGUACAAAUCAAAGAACCUAGGUGCUGAAAGGAGGAGAAGAAAAAAGCUUAGCGAGAGGCUCUUGGCAUUGCGUGCAUCCGUUCCUAUAAUCACCAAUAUGAACAAGGCAACCAUAAUUGCGGAUGCUAUUACUUACAUCCAGGAGCUGCAGAAGCAUGUGAAGCAUCUUAGUGAUCAGCUUCUUGAAAUGGACGAAUUGUCAGAGGAAGCAGUCAAGACAAGGAGUGAUGAGUUUGAUCCUGCGGAGGAAAUGAAGCAAUGUGGAAUAAUGGAAGAUGUUCAGGUGACUUAUGUUGAUGAGACUAAGCUGUGGAUUAAGAUAAUCUUGGAGAAGAAAAGAGGCAGGUUCACUAGGCUAAUAGAGGCCCUCAGUUAUCUUGGCCUUGAACUUACUGAAACCACUGUUACCACCUACAGAGGAGCAAUGCUUGUUUCAUCCUUUGUUGAGGGUGCCUAUGGUGAUACACUAACAGUUCAGCAGACCAAGGAAUAUCUACUAGAGAUCAUCAGAACCAUAUAGAAGACGACAUUUCUUGGUGCUUUUUUAUCAAUUACAAAACGAUUCAUGAAUUUCGGAAAAUAAUAUUAGAUUGAUCUUAUACAAUGAUAAAUUAGAUUUGAUGCAUUAA